AACACAUACUUGGUGAACGCAUUGUGGGCGAAACAUCAGGAGCGCAUUUAACAUAUCGGUGAGUAAUCUUUUGUUUUUUUUUUACUUGUUGUUUACUAAUUGUAGUAAUAGUGUACACAAAUUGUUGUUUGCCGUUUAGCGCAGCUUCGCUGACGAGGCGACGUACUGCGGUCAUUUUUUGAACGCGAGACUUAUGUCGAGCACUUUUAAUUAACACCAUGAAAUUUGCAGCCGUAGACGCACGUUAUUCAUAACACUGGUUAACACGCAAUUAUUUGACAGUGUAAAUCUCUUCUUGUCAAAGUUUUAUGAUGUGAAUUCAGCCGCUCAUUCUCUGCCGUGCUUUGUGUCUGAACUACCUGAAAGAGAUUUCUCAAACGUGGUGGUCCAGUGUGGGUAGUUUUCUACAAUAAGCUGUCGUGGUUUGUGUCUGAGGUCUGAUCUACCUGAAAAGAUAUCUCAAACGUGAUGGUCCAGUGUUGGUACUCUACAAUAAGCUGUCGUGGUUUGUGUCUGAACUACCUGAAAAAGAUACCUCAAACGUGGUGGUCCAGUGUAGAUAGUGAUUCUACAAUAAGCUGUUGUGGUUUUUGUCUUUACUAGCUAAAAAGACUAAAUUAAAUACUUCGAUGUUUUAGUAAUAAAAAAACUUACGUCAGGAUUGCUACUAAUUUCUUGACGAAGCGCCUUCACAGGUGGAAUUGUUUUAAUUUUGUCAGGGAGUUCAGGCCCAAACCAAUUCAAACUGAUGUACCCAUUGUACCCACGUUUCAGACAAACCACGACAGCUUAUUGUAGAAUACUACCCACACUGAACCACCACGUUUGAGAUAUAUUUUUGGAGUAGUUCAAACACAAACCACGACAGCUUAUUGUGGAAUACUACCUACACUGGCGGCGACCACCACGUUUGUGAUAUGUUAAUUUGCAGGUAGUUCAGACACAAACCACGACAGCUUAUAAUUGUAGAAUACCACUGACCUACAAUGGACCUCCACGUUUGAGAUAUUUUAUGUCUGAUCAGUUCAGACAUAUAAAUAAAUCAUGGCAGCUUAUUGUAGAACACUACCUACACUGGACCACCACGUUUGAGAUACCUUUUUCAGGUAGUUCAGACACAAACCACGACAGCUUAUUGUAGAAUACUACCUACACUGAACCACCACGUUUGAGAUAUCUUUUUCAGGUAGUCAGUCAGACACAAACCACGACAGCUUAUUGUAGAAUACUACAUACACUGAAUCCUCGCGUUUGAGAUAUCAUUCUUUAUGACUAUCUUGACCGGAAAAGCGGAAAAUUGAAAAGAGUCGCUUUCCACCGUGAUACGCUGGCCAAACGGAACCAACAACUUGGUUUCACAUUCAGACAUUCUCUGGCUCUGUACAAUCUGCGGUUAUAUCAUUCUUGGUGAAAAACCACACAUCGGAAAUGCCAGAUCCAGAAGUUAAACGUCUCAAUGCUAUUCAUUUGAUUUCAAGCUUGUUUCAAUUGCGCUUCUUCCUGAUUUGCGGUAUUUUUCCAAGCGUCAUACAAAAUUAUGAAUACGACAUGUAUUUUGCCUCAGACAAUUUCCUGUGAUAAUGAUGCACGCAAGCACUGAUGUGGAUUCGAAAAAAAGGCGCUAACCGAACAUUUAUAUACGAUUGAGAUGACAUCUAUACUAAGUACAGAGCCAAGGACUCGAGCUAAAAUGAAAUAAAAUUAAAUAACUCAAAUAAAAACCAGUGUUUAAAGUCAUAAAGAGCGUGACGGCGUACUAUCCAGAACUCAUUAAUAAUGCAUGAGGAAAUUAGCCCAGCCGCAUAUUGCUUUAUUUUGCUCACAUGAUAAUACUUGAUUGUAGUGGAUACCUGAUGAUGAAGUAUAUUGAUAUAGUCCUAGGAUCAAAAUGAAUUCAGUGUAUAAAGUAUUGAUAUUUAACAAAUAUAAAACAUUUUCCGUGUUGAUAUACAGUUAUAUCAACACGAGCGGAAAUUGGGAAAACGAGAAAUUAAUUGUCACACAAUUUCGAGUUUUCCCAAUCCCCCCACGACUGUUGGUAUAACUGUAUAUUAAUAGGGAAAAAAUGUUGGGUUUUUUAUAAUAUACUGACGAAGAGAUAUACAGAAAUAUUAAAAUGUUUCGUGUUGAUAUUGAGUUAUAUCAACACGGCUCUUAACCAAUCAGCGUUCAUAGUUUACAAAUGCUAUAUUAUAAAUUCAUAUAUGAUUAUGAGAUCGUAUGAGAUGACAAAAGUGGGUGGGGCACACCCACCCCCACCCCCAGUUCCACGACCCCUGCAUUCAACUGUUUAAGUUGUUUAUUAGAAUUGUAUGGUUUGGUCGUUGUAUCAUGCAGUUUUCAACGCCGGUAUGAAUUAGUGUGAACCAUAUAAUCAUAUUUAAGUCAAUUUGCAGAGGAACCGCCGGUUGGAGUUCUUCGCGGGGCACCUCGUUAAAUUGGCCAACUUUUGGUUUAUGAACCUUUGCAAUAAUGGGAUUUUCAUCCCACACAUUCUUUCGUUUCAUUUGAUGACGGAAGAACGUUUUGGGGCCAGUUGCCAACCGUGAAUACUUCGCGAAAUUUGGGGGCGGGGGCGAAUAAGGUUGGGGGGGGGGAAUAAGAUUGCCCUUUGCAGCUGGAGAUCUUAGUUCGUUAAUAUUUGUUGAAAUUUCAUACAAUGUAAAAUAGACUACCAAUGUUUUCAUGAUUGAAGAAUUAUCGUCACAGCUUUAUAUUACACAGUUAUUCAGCUCUCUUUCAAAUCCUUUCGGAAUUUAUUUGGAAAAGGGUUGCUCCCGUCCCCCUUCCCCCGUCUCUCCUGACCCCAUCACUACCUGUUAUGAUGAAGCCCAGAUAUGGAUAGAAUAACGAUUUUUUAAAUCUUUUUAUAAAUUCUUGAGAAGCUUUGAGACUACGGAUGUGAACCCCACAAUGUAUAUAAAAAGACUAUGAGUUAUAAAUACUAAAUAAUUUAUCUAGUUUACAUUAACAAUCGGCAAAUUCUAGAAGAAAAUCACUAGAUACCGCCAUCCGGAUUUCGUUGACAACCGAACCCAGAACCGAUAUAUAUAUAGUCAGGCAAAUACUGCUACUGAAUCAAUAAGGAACUACCCUUGACCUCCAGAGAAAACAGUUUAGAACUGAUAUAGAGCUAUCCAGUAUAAAUGAAGUUAGUUUAGUUUAGGUUUCCUCCUGUAGUAACAUUGGAUCAAUAUAAGAGGUGAUCCUUACUGGACCUCUAGGAAGAACAGUUUAGAACUGAUAAAGUUAUCCAGUAUAAAUAAAGUUAGUUCAGUUUAGGUUUCCUCCUGUAGUAACAUCCUGUUUAGGUUACCUCCUGUAGUAACACUGGAUCAAUAAGAGAUGAUCUUUACUGGACCUCUAGGAAGAACGGCCGGUUUAGAACUGAUAGAGCUGUCCGGUAUAAAUAAAGUUAGUUUAGGUUUCCUCCUGUAGUAACACUGGAUCAAUAAGAGAUGACCCCUACUGGACCUCUAUAGGAAGAACAGUUUAGAACUGAUAGAGCUAUCCAGUAUAAAUAAAGUUAGUUUAGUUUAGGUUUCCUCCUGUAGUAACACUGAAUCAAUAAGAGAUGAUCCUUACUGAUCCUUUACGGAGAAUUACUGGUCAGUAGAACCAGGGACGCCGGAACUGGGGGGUGGGACAGGAGGGGCAGCCGCCCCCGUUGCCCUUUACCAGGAGGGGCAAGGGGGGGGGGCAAAGGUGCCCUUUCAAUUUAAAGGAUUGCCUUAGCGAAAUAGCGAAUUGUCAGAAAUGUUAGUGCAAUUCUUUUACGAAUUUGCUUGAGAAAACGCAAGAAAUGCAGUCAUCGAGCUUCAAGAGUAGCACAAUCGCCUGGCGGAGAACACCCUCACACCCCUAUCAUCCAAUAAAUAGAAAACAUGAUCAAGGUUGGGUUGUAGCGAAGUAGUUGUAGUUCGCUACUGUAGCGAACUACAAUUUUCAAGUAGCCAGUAGUUUUUUACUACUUUUUUAAAACAGUAGCUGUAGUUAUAGCGAACUACAUUUUGCCUAAAAGUAGCCAAGUAGUUGACUACUUUUCAAACAGCGAAUCGCUAUUCGCUACUUUUUAAAAUUGUUAGGAACUUGAUAGAAUAGCAUGAUAUUGAGACACGGUUUGCUUAAAAUCAGUACUCAAUAGUCAAUUUGCACUCCUGAACACUGUAGUGCUUACAAAAUGUUGCUUUGUGUUUACUGUUGCUACUCGUAAGUCGAUUUGUUAUAGAUUACAUUGCAGCCUGAGUUAGUAGAUGCUCCAAAUAUAGUAAACCUAAAAAAUAUAGUGUAGCGAAAUAGCGAAAUAAUUCGCUACAUUUUUUAAGCAGUAGCUGUAGUCAGUAGCGAACUACCUUUGUUCAAAAGUAGCAGUAGUUGUAGCUGACUACAUAUUUUUGAAGUAGCUGUAGUUAUAGCGAACUACAAAAAUUUUGUAGUCAACCCACCCUUGAACAUGAUUAGGUGAAGUUCAACUCCCGAUGUUUUGCAAACAUCUCUUAGUAUAUAUCAAUUCAAAAAUGCCCUUUCACGAAAAUCUGCCCCCCUUGCCUUCACAUCGUUCCGCGGCGUCCCUGAGUAGAACUACCACUACAGUAUAAAAAAAGUUACAUUGUAGUAAAUUUUUCUAAUUAGAUUAUUCAGAUAAUAACUUAGUUUGAGUUUAAUCUUGGUGUGAUUUACAAGAAAUUCCGUUUUAUUAAAUGCCGCUUCCGUACCGCACUUUUCUGUAAAAAGUUAAAAUUGUGGUUAAUGUCGGUAUCAUGACCGCGCGUCAUGUGAAUAUCCGGUUUUAAAAGCCUGCUUCACCUGGUUCUAAUAAUUUUUUAAGUUAUGUCCUUAAGGGGUUUGGGGCUUGAGUAAAAAACAAGCGCGAGGAAUGAGGCGAAAAGGUUUGCUUUGCUUGCCUACAUCUCAUAACUUCUCAAAGUUUGUGAAGUUAUCUAAAACACGCUCAAACUUUACAUUGCACUAUACCACAAGUAUAAACGAACCGUUCAUUUUUCAAAACUGAAGGGAAACCAUCACAGCAUAUCGUUGUCUCGGAACCACAAUUAUAAACGUUCAUAAAUUAAGUCAAAUUUCUCUUUAGUAACUUCACUAUACUCGGGUUCAUCUGAGACAUUAUACCUCACUUGAAGACGUUUACCUUGAGGACUUUAAUUAUCGUGUCUCGUUUUUCGACUCAUUAAAGUGCUUAUUCUCGUUCGCGUGUCUCAUUAAGAAAUGAAAUGUUGUAGAAAAUAUCUUAAUCCACUGAAUUCACAUGUAAUUUCUCGGAAUUUACAUGCUCAUUUUGCGACAGUGCAAAUACAUGUGCACAGAUUGGCAACAUUCAUUCAAGCAAAAUGGGCAUGCAACAAUAAUUCAAUUUUUCGCGUGUGCCAUGCAUCAUCGACACAAUCCUGAAAUUGAUUGCAAAACACUUACGCUAUGUUUCAACGGUAUACUUGUGUCAAUUGUUUAUGCGAAUAGAAGUCUGAAUAACAGAAAUAGUCAGACAAACUAAUUAAGAUUUCAAUCGUACCUCGGUAAUAAUGUUUUAAAAAAUUUGUUGCUGAGGUUAAAUUGCCUGAGCCAGUAGUAUAGUAUAUACACAUGCGUUGUAUUGGAUAAACAAUUUUGUCUUAUAUUAUUUGGCGCCACCCUAAACUUAUUUCCGAUUGGAAUUUUAGUUUUUUAUCUAUUACUUCGGAAUUUUUUCACAGCUAGCUUAGGCUUUAAGCUCACACGGUAUUAAAAUAGGGAAAAAGUUAUUUCUCUGACCUCAGAAUGACAUUUCGUCAAAAAAAUUUUCUUCAAGAUUGGUUUAGAAACAAACUUGGAGUAGGGUUAGGUUAGGGUUAGGAUAAGGAUUAGGGUUGCUAUUAGUGUUAGUAACACCGUUGUUUUGUUGCGUUUUGUCACUCUGAGGCCAGCGAAAUAACCUCUUCCUAUUAAUAGCCGCGAAUAAUUGUGAUUUGGCGAUAUGCGCAAACUUGCGCGGACAAAAGUUGAUGAGAAUUUCAUUUCAUUCGUAUUCUUCAGCAAUUUAAAAUAAAUGAAUGAUAUUUGGUGAGAAAAUUGAACUUAAAGUUUAUGUAUAAAUCUUUCGCCACGAAUUAUUAAUGAGUUUCGCAAUGCCAUAUUCAACAAUGUAUAUUAUUUGCUUGUACACUUGUCAAGCAGCAUGCAAGUGUUUAUAAACGACGAUUACUUUACGUGCAUUUUACAACAGCAAGGAUUUACUGACUGUUUUUCGCUUAGUUUUAAUUUCAUUGAAUUGCUUCGCGCAAGAGCAUUGAAGGAGAAGGCAUUAUUAGUUCGUGCGAAGCAGGCAUUAUUAAUUCUGCAAGGCGCUUCCAAGCUGUCGCCAAAAUUAAAUUGAAUGACAUAUCUCUUGCUCCAAUGAUGGCAGGUCAGAUAUGUUGAUUACCUUAUAAUUACCCAGCAGAAUUUACUCUACCCGUAAAUUCGAUUACCGCUGCGCGAAUAUAGGUCGCAAAAGCCCGAAGGGAAAACCAAAUUUGCGCAAAAAAUUCUAACUAUGCAUGGUCUAUGGAACCGCACGUUAUUUUUAGAGGCCCCAGAAAGGGACACGCAUAUUCGGUGAUUUAGUUUCGAUGCCUGCAAAAUAAUUGCAUCGAAUUUUAGGUUUCUAGGACCAAUUAGAUAUUAUAACAGUUUUGUUAGUGGAAACACCACGUAAAUUUAUUACUGCAAAGCUUUCGAUCCGUACGUAAGCCCGGCCGAUCUUCAUCAGUGCUAAUAAUAUACGUGGUGUUUCGCCAUGCAAACAUACAAGGAAUCAAUUAGAUAUUGUUAAAAUAUCUGGCCUGAGUCAAUGACAAUGAGAUCGUCUGGGCAAAUCCAAAAGGUGCCACUCUUCUCAUGUCAAAGAUAUCUGAUAGUGGGGCAAUGACAAUGUCAUUUAACUCCAUCUCAAAUCACUUAGCUAAAAGAUAUCAAAAACAAUUAACUCACUUACAAAAUUUUUAAAAAUCACUUAUUAAGCUACUUUAUCUUCAACAAAAUAAUUAUGCUCUGCAUCUGAAGACUUGUAUAGAUAUAAAUUUACCUGCAACUCAUUUGUAACUGUAAAUAAUUACCUGCGACUUAAUCUAUACCUUUUCCAUAUAUUAAACUUACAGGCAGGGGCGAAACUUGAGGGGGUAUGGAGGGGGGUGACACCCCCCAAAAAAAAAUAUACUGGAUCAUCAGGAUUGGCAGGGCGAAUGAUCUGGAUUGGCAGGGCAAUCAAAGAUUUUAAAUGAUAGAAUGUAGAGUUAUUAAGUAACUUUCAGGGCUUUCAGAGGGAAUUGAAUAGAAUUUAUAGACCUAAAUAAGGGCUCCCCCCGAAGUAAAAGGGGCUAGUUUCGCCCCUGCUUACAGAGUAUAGAUUCACAAUAUUGUAUAUACAUAUAUUUUAACUUAACUAAUGAAGGCCAUCUGGAAAAAUACUUGUAAAGAUGUUUUACCCUCCCAAACUAUGAAAAAAUUGGACCACACCAGUGCACAUGCGACUGAAGUGAAGUUAUAAACAACUCGGCCUUGCCUAAGUUUGCCAUCCUAGUCUCAGAGAUGAAAGGAACAAACAUCCCAAUGAACUCGUUUUCAAAUAUGACAACAAAAACGUAUAUAAUGAGUUUUUAUCGCGCUCUUUGAACCAAUUUAAAGUCAGCAUUCUGCUAGCCUAUGUUGUAGACCCCAGCAGAAACACGUUUCGUACAAACACGCAGAAACAUGUUUCGUUACACCGUAGGCUAGAUGUGAAUAGCAGAAAUGAAAAGAACCGGCCAAAGUGAUUCGUAGGCUUUAAUUUUAAAACCGUGCUACCCAUGGCGCUAUUUUUGUAAACAAAGUUUAUUAGAAAAUAUAUUGGAAUUUGCAUGGGAUCGAUGUUCGACGCCAGCACGCGCGUUCAAUGCUAAUUUCGAUCCCGUCUUUCCCUAUUAAAUUUUCUGUUUUUGGAAACAACGCUAGUGCCAGAGUUUUUAAAUACACUCAACAAAAUUUUGUGCACUUAGAAAAAAUAUCGUUUGAAUGAAUCUCAUACUGUUACUGGAAUCAAACAAAAAGCUACAUAAUUCAAUUAACUUUGAAAUGUUAUUUUGCACGUUUAUCGAAGCUAGCUGUGAUAUAAGAGCUGUAUUAAACGAAUCAACCUGGCUAACCGAGGCCAUCCUGGCUCCAUAUGGCAGCCCCUUACUAAUAUGAACCUGCUGCUCUCAUUUCUGGUAUUUAUAAAAUGCUAAAAUCAAAUUGAAAUUUACUCCAAACGUGAUAAACUGGGUCUAUUAUUUAAAUUUCUAUACCAUCAAGAAUUCCGAGAAUUCAGACAUAUUACUAAAUGUUGAUUAAAACAACCUUUGCCAGACGGCGAGACGAUUAUAUAACCGCUUCUAAACUUAGUUCCAGAUAAAAUAUUUUGCCUUUUUGAGAAAAGUAAAAACGCUGUCGAAAACACAACAAUUAGCUUGGACAUUAUAGAGCAAAUUACCACACAUUUAACUAAUUUAAAGAAAAUUGCAAAACAAGAUCUACUUAAUUUCAUGAAAUACUGCCCAUACUCAUAGGGAGACCAAUAUAGUCCUUUAGAACUAACAAAGCUAUCCAGUAAUUAUAAAUAAAUAAAUAAACUAACUUUCUUUAUACUGGAUAGCUCUAUCAGUUCUAUACUGUUCUCCCUAGAGGUCCAGUAAGGAUCAUCUCUUAUUGAUCCAGUGUUGCUAUACAGGAGGUAACCUAAACUAAACUAACUGUAUUUAUCAGUACUGGAUAGCUCUAUCAGUUCUAAACUGUUCUUCCUACAGGUCCAGUAAGGAUCAUCUGUUAUUGAUCCAGUGUUACUACAGGAGGAAACCUAAACUAAACUAACUUUAUUUAUACAGGAUAUCUCUAUAUAAGUUCUAAACUGUUCUUCCUAGAGGUCCAGUAAGGAUAAACACUGGAUCAAUCAGGGAUGAUCCUUACUACAACUCUACAACAGUUUAUAGAAGUAAUAGAGCUAUAUCCAGUGCAAAUAAAGUUAAUCGAUUUUUAAACUAUAAAAGAGAUAUGUUAUUUGCUUCCCCUCAUUUAAAUCACGUUGGCUUUGAUUGUUUUUUAUUUGAACGUAAUCUUUGCGGGUUUCGCGACGCCAUAUCUUGCUAAGUGGGACAAACACAAUGAUACGAUGAGUAUCAAGAUAUGAUUGUCUGGAAACUGAGUCAUUGUGUAAUGUUUUUGUCUGAGUUUAUGUUAAUUUGUGCGCAGUUUAUGUUAACUGUUUGAACUCAUGCAGUUGUAUUUUUGUAUAGAGAGAUAGAUAGAUAAAUCGUUUAUUGCAAAAGGGAUACCAGCUUUGCAGUCAAAAACUGAAUUACGCUGAAAAACUCUUACCAUGAAUUGCGUAAAAGUUAUGUUACAUAUAAAAUUAUGAAUCAAAGUUAAAAAUUUCAGCGAAAUGUACUAUAAAUGAUUUCUUGAACCGAUCAGUCUUACUCCUCGGAAUUGAACGAAGUAUUCGUCCAAUAUAGGGAUAGCAGUGAGACGAAACAUGCAACCACGAUGAAUGAAUAUUUAGUGAAGUUGAGACAAAGGAUUUGUGCAAGGUGAGGUACAAUUCAACAUCAAACAAAUGAAAGCUCUUCUAUGUUGUGACUUUGAGGAUUGCCGGGCCUCCAGAUCAUCGUAUCUUGACAGACUACGUUUGCAUAACACUUUUUUUUUACAAAUGAUUAGCACUGCUGUAAAAAAUUCAGACAACAACAAUGCAUUAAUUGUCUAGGCCACAGGGCGGAGGAUUAUUUGCCACUUUUACAAAGAAAAGCUAUAUUGCCCUUUUUUAUACACUGAGUAUAGGCCUAAAUAAGGUGCGUUUUAUAAGUAAAAGCAGAGGUCAGCAUAAGUGAUGACCAAUUCGUGCAGUGAUACAAUGAAAGCGUGCCAGUGAUAAAGACCGCUAAGAAUGUGCACCAGUGAUAAGGCCGAGGGAAUUAAAGUCAUAGAAUACCGUCCUUAUAAUUUCAAAAAUAGAAGAGGCUUUUUUUCAUUAUUCAUUAUUCAUUAAUUUUAGAAAUGUGUGAAAAUUGGUCGAACAUCAAUAAACCUGCAUGUUCAGUAAUAUGCCAGCAAUGUUUAAAACUAGGCAGCGAAUGCCUGCGAAAUGAAAGCUUUGCUGUACAAGUAGACUUUGCCCUUAAUACAUGACUUCUGCGAUGAAUUAUAGUUUCAAGUGUAGAUAAUUGUUGAAAUAACAAUUUUUUUUUAAAUAAUGAUUUUUUUGUGGCAACAUUUUGUUGUUUCAACGUUGAAAUUUGGUAGAAAAAAGGUUGCGACGUCGACAACCUAAUAUCUACGUUGCUCUGACGUUGUUUUACAAACAUUGGUUCAACAGCAGCCAACAGACGUUGAAUUAACGUUCAUUCAUGGUUAAAUGUACGACGUCGAUUUGUGAACAAAUCUCAACGUUGUUUUAACGUGGAUUCAACGUUGAAUUAUGGUUGACGAGAUUGGCAACCUAAUUUCAACGUUGUUUCAACGUCGAAACAGUAACGUCGAUCCAAUUUGCAUAGUCAACCCUUUUUCAACGUCUAUCCAACGUCUGGAAGGUCAUUUUCAACGUUGAUUCAACGUUGGAUAAACGUCAUUUUGCCCGCUGAGUAUAUUGUUUUUGGAAUGCGGAGUAAUAAAUAUUUCAUCAAAUGAGGUCUGAAGGUGCUUAGCAGAGUAAAUUAUCAAAUGAAUAGUAAAAAGUAAUUCAACUUUGACAUCAGGUGAUCGCACGUUAAUUAAUACGUCAGUAGGUUUUCUUUUUCGCUUUUAUAAGGGACCGUUCAUUAUUUAUACCGGGGGUUGGUAUCGAAGCUAUAAAAGAAAAGCUAUAAAAUAAAAUAGAAUAAGACCAUGUCAGCUAUAAAAUAAAAUAGAAUAAGACCUAAAUUACCAUGCAUUGGAAAAUAUGAAAAAAAAUGUGUACAAUACAUUCUGUACCAAAAUUGACCAUCGGUGAUUGAGAAAGGACUCUAUCAUUGAUCAGCAGGAACGUGAUUGCUUUGGCACACUCAGUAAAUUUGAGUGUAAGUGAGCUUUUAUAAUAAAGGCAACUUGAUUUCUGUCACCAUAAUCUUCUUUGUUUAAUUAUUAUGAAGUAUAGUAACACAUGGGAUCUAGUCCAGUUCGAAAUGGAGGAUUUGAAAUGACAUCUCAUACGAAUAGGUCACUACUUAAAGUAAGAUGAACUACUUUUGAUCCAAUCCAAGGACUGACUUAAUUUGGAUCCAGUCCUGGCCUACGACUGAAUCAAUAUACUCACUAGGUAUCCAGUAUUAUUGUGUGAGCAAAACAAAGCAGUAUGGUUGGCUAAUUUACUCAUGAAUUAUUAACGAUUGAACAGUUCAAUAUUUCGACAUGCAUAUGACUUUCAAAAUAUUACAAGUUAGCGUUGGAAGACGUUUUUAACGUUGAUGAUCCAAGGACAUGGAAAUCUAUAUGUUUGUCUUGUAACAAGUCUCGUAAUCUGUCCUGCCAAAUAUCGUGUUGUUAUUAGAUUUAUGUUCGUUGUAUAUUGUUGUAUAGUAUUAAAAUAGUUAAUGGGGCCGCUGUAAUUAGUGAAAACUGUUGCGUGCACCCUGCCAAUGCCGGGAACACAUAUUAUAUGUUGUUGUAAAUCAGUGCUGUUAAAUUCUUGCAUGUUACUUGGCAAAGUUAAAUAAAUAAAUAAAUAAAUAAAUAUGCUUAAUGCUUUCAAUGUCACACUAUAGUUCAGCUGCGAUUUGUCCCAUUUGUAGAUUCUGAAUUGUCUUAUUCUCUUCGGCUCCUACAUACUGAACAGCAUUCUGACAUUGACGUCAUCUGCUCAGGUGCCCUGUUGCCAAUCGAUAUUUUCUGUCGUUAAGGCUAUCAGUUUUUGUGAUCACAGUAGGAAUUUUGCAUCGGUAAAUUCUAAGUUUUGAAGUCAGUUCCUUCAAACAUUUCUUACAAAUCCUUCAAAACUUAGAAUUUACCCAGCAUGCAAAAUUCCUAUUAUGAUCACAGAAACUUUGAUAGAGUAAACCUGGCGUUAGAGUCGGUUCCAACCCAUACGACCAAGCUUUGUGACUGGUCGAUUCUUACAAUAAAAGACAACUAUAGAAUCCAUCUUUCCAUCAAAUCAAAGAACAAGUUAUAACCAAUGAUUACUUUUGUUUGUAAAAAUGAGGAAACGUGUUCAUAUCCAUGGAAUAUAGGUACUUUAAUCCAUCAUAAAUCCUAAUUUGAGCUCGGAGUGGAUUAAUUACGUCUCGUGUAACUGACUUGUUUACCCCCAAGUCAUCUCAUUAACCCAGAUAACCUUAUCGUACUGUGGUUUGCAUUCUAAAAAUUCCCUCAUGUCUGCUUAUAGCACCGCGCGUGUGAUCCAAAUUACGCUUGGCAACCGAGCAAAUAUCGAAACCGCUCAUGGGCGUGUCCCUGCUGGUGUUAUAAAAGCCCACUGUCCCACAGCAUUUUCACAAUUUCCUGGUACCAUCAACAGAUAUCGAAGAAAAGCCGCAAGUACUACGAAUACUUUGUGA